AUGGCAACCAUUCCCACGACAAUGCCAGUCGUUGAUACCCCAUUAUGUCAGUCCAUGUCAAACAUAUGGUCCUUUUUGUACGGUUGUUUCCACGGUGAUGAAUGUGGCGGAUUUCGACUGUGGUUCUGGCUUGGAAUCGUUGGGUUGGCGGUGUUUAUAUUGGGCGCUUUCGGAUUUGCCCUUUAUUAUUGGCAUCGCCGACCGUCUGGCGAUGAGGAUAUCGAGGAAGAAAGGCAACCUAUUUUGGGACUUAAACGUACACCCACCUAUUAUCAGUGGAAUCGACCUUGCCCUUCACCGAAACGAAUGGCAGAACAAAGCAAGGAAACCUGGCAACGACGACGGUCGGCUUUGUUGAAGAAAUAUUCGCCUACAGACCAAGACCCCCAUCCUGUACAAAACUAA